AUGCAAGGGACACAAGCUUUACUCCAAUGGUGUAAACAAAAUACGGCAGGAUAUAAAGAUGUUAAUGUCACAAAUUUUCAUUAUUCAUGGAAAAAUGGAUUAGCCUUUUGUGCACUUAUACAUUCAUUUCAUCCUGAGGCAAUAGACUUUAAUUCAUUGUCAAAAGACAAUAUGGAAAAGAACUUGGAGCUAGCAUUUUCUACAGCAGAGAAAUUAGGAGUUCCAAGACUGUUAGAUGUAGAAGAUUUUGUAUUAUUGGAAAAACCAGAGCAAUUUAGUAUCAUUACGUAUCUUGGUGUGAUGUAUCAAAUGUUUCAACUUAAGGGAGGUUCAGUUGCUGAAGAAAAUAAAAGAGUUGAAGAAGAAAAGAAGAAAGAAGAAAAUACCAAAAAGCCGGUUAUGGCUGCUCAGCCUUAUUCUUCAGCAUCAAAACCUCCACCUCGUCCAAUAAACAGAAACAACCAACCUUUGUCAAAAAGUAGUGGAGGUACUCAAACGACUCCAGUAAUUCCAAAAAAGAAAGUUACUACUCAGGAGCAACGACUCGAGGUUUGUGUAAAGUGCGGACAAACACUGAGUGGCAAUGUCUUAGAAGCAUUAGGUAAGAAGUACCAUCAACAGUGUUUUGGUUGUACCACUUGUUCAAGAAAAUUAGGUGCUUCAUUUGUUACUGUGGAUAACCAACCAUAUUGUGAGACUUGUGGUAAAAAGAUUUGGGUCCAAAAACAAGCUAGAAAAAAGGCUGAAGAACAACAAAAACUAAGUAGUCAAGAAGAAGAAAAGAAAGUCAUUGAAGCUCAAAAAGCACUCGAAGAAAAACAAAAGAAAGAAAAAGAGGAGUUUGAACGAAAACAAAAAGAAGAAAAAGAAAAAAGGGAAAAGGAGAUGGCUGAGAAAAAAAGACGAGAAGAUGAAAGAUUAGUUGCACUUGAAAAACAAAAAAAAGAAAGAAAAGAACGUGAGGAAAAACUAAAAAGAGAAAGAGAAGAAAGAUUAAAGAAGGAACAAGAAGAAAAAGAUAAGAAAAUACAAGAAAUGAAAGAAAAGCAAGCAGUGCUAUCAAAAGCUCCACCUUCGCAUAUUGUUUCAACAAAAACAGAACCUAAAACUGUAGCAAAUUCUCAAAAUAAAAAUAUUGGACAAGAGCCAGAGUGGAAAAGAAAACAGCGUGAGGCAGAAGAGAAAAAAAAGGAAAUGCAAGAUAAGUUGAAAGCAAUAAAACAAAAAAGACUUGAAGAAGUAAAAAAGAAAAACCAAAUUACAUCAGAAAAAUCUAAAACUACUAGCCUUUCUUCUAAACAAAAAGAGCCUGAAGAAAUAGAAACAAAAAAACAAGAAUUAGAUGACCAGGCUAAAAAGAUUGAAGAAGAAAAACAAAGAAAAGAAAAAGAACUUAAACUUCAACAAGAAGAAGAAAAGAAAAAGAGAGAAAUUGAAAAAACUAAACAGGAAGAAGAAAAAAAGAAAAGAGAUGAAGAAUUUAAACAACAAAAAGAGAGAGAAGAAAAUCUGAAAAGACUUGAGGAGAAUGAACGAAAAACAAAAGAAGAAGAAAAGAAAAAGACUGAAGAAGAAAAAAAGGAAAAAGAAGAAAAAAAAGAACAAAACGUAAAAGAGUUUAAAUCAAAACAAGUAAAAGUUGAAGAAGAUAACUCUAAUAAUAAAGAAAUAACCAGCCAACAAGAAGAAGAACAAAUUAAACAAGCAAAUAUUUCAAAAACAAAAGAUGUGAGUAUUAAACAAGAAGAAAAACAAAUAGAAGAAGAAAAACAAACAAAAGAAAAAGAAUUAUUACAACUUGAAGAAAAACAAAAGAAAGAACGAGAAGAGUUUGAACAAAAACAACUUCAAGAAAAAAACAACCUUAGAAAAACUAUUAGUAAGAAAAGUAAUGACAUUAAAGACUUACCUUUAAUAGAAAUACCAAAUACACAAACUCUUAAAAGAGAUGACUUAACACAGUACGUAUUAAGAGUUAAUGUAUUAAUGUUAAAGUCUAAUAAAGAAAUUAAAAGGCCAUUAUUUAAAUUAUCAUUAGAAACUAAACAGUCAAAUAUUCAAAGUACCCGAGUUAAUAAAAUUAAUGAUAACAUUGGUAGUAGUUUAUUCUUUAAAGAAAUUACAAGUGUAACAAAUUUAACUAUUAAAGUUGUUGAAGAAUCUACAAAAACAGUUUAUCAAGAAAUUAUUGUUCCAUUAAAUAACUUAGAACUAAAUAAUGUUACUCCUGUUACCAGUCAACUUUAUGACAGUCAAUAUCCUGCAGAAUUACUUUAUACACUUCAAUUAAUUACUUCUAUUGAAGGAAUGCGUCAGACAGCAAUAUCAGUUCAAGACCUUAGAAGUGAUAAAUUACAAGAAGGUGUAUUUAGUUUACGUAUUAAUAGUAUAAAAGACUUACCACCAAUGAAUGGAAUAAAAGAAGCAUAUUGCGUUGUAAAAGUUGGUAAACAAAAUCCAGUGCAAACAAAAUCUAUUAUCCCAAGUGUUCCUGUAUGGAAUCAUUUCAUGGCAUUUGACUGUAACCAUGAUGAUCAGGUAAGGAUUGAACUAUUUGGUAGGAAGAAGUCUUUAUUAAAACAAACAAUAGUCCCAUUCGGUCAAGUGUCAAUAAGUCUAAAAGGAAUAAAAGGUAUUCAAGAACGAUGGUUAACAAUUCUUCCACAAGGAACUGAACAAGUUCAAGGUCAAUUAAGUGUUUCAUUAUAUUAUCAAGACAAUUCUGUUGAAAUGGAAGGCGCUGAUCCAACAUUACUUUCUAAUUUAUCAACUAAAUUUGAAAAACUUGCAGAAAAAACUCAAGGAGAUCUUCCAGAGGGAGUUGAAAUUGAUCCAACCGAUGUUAAGAAUUGGGAUGGUAAAGCUGGUUAUUUGUUUAUGAGGUCACAGAAAACAGGAAAGAUGAAGAGAAGGUUCUUCUAUUUACUUCAAUUUAAUAGAGAGUUAAUUUAUUAUAAACAACAACAAGUCAGAUUCAAUAAACAAAGAGAAGGAUCAAUUAAUGAGGUACCUAAAGUGAUUGAUUUAGCAUUUGCAGAGAUAAGGACUAUUCCCAAUUCGACUAAAUUUGUUAUUAUUUUACCACAACGACAAUAUAUUUUAGAUGCUACUACUAGACAAGAAAAAGAUAGUUGGAUUAGUAGAAUAUCUGAUGAAUUAAAAUCUAUUAAAGAGUAUGCUUCUAAAGAGAUCAAUAUGUCAUUAGAAAAACUUGGUAGAAAUACUUAUGAAGCUCAAAAAGGUAUUAUUAAGAUGCUUCGUGAUAAAAAAUUCCAAACAGUUCAUAUAGAAUUAAGAAGUGGAUUUAUUUUCAUUUAUGAGAUGAUUAAAUCUUCAAACAUGAAGCUUAUAGAUAAACUUAGCUUGUAUAAAUGUUAUAUGAGUGAAUAUGAGCCUGACAAAUGUCCUAAUUCUAUUAAAAUUGAAGAUCAAUAUAAGAAGAAAGCAUUUAUAUUCCAAUUAGACUGCUUUGAAGAUAUGCAUUUUUGGUUAAAUGGCAUGAAGUUCCAACAAAUAUUUAUUGAAGAAGCUAUUGACAAUAUAGUGCUUAUCUAA